GGGCUGUGGAAGUCCUCUCUCUCUUUCUGCCCUUCUUCCUCCGUUCUCCCAUCCCGCCACCAUCUCCAUCCCGUCUCUCCUCCGUUUUCUUCCAUCUCUCCUCGAUGCCCCCUUUGUGGUCCAUUGUUUCAGAUUGCCAUGGCUAGCUAUUUAACUCACACACACACACACACACACACGCACACGCACACGCACACGCACACACAUACGCAGAGACAGAGAGAGAAGAUAGAUAAAUAGGUGCGGACACAGAGAGAGAGAGAGAGAGAGAGAGAGAGAGAGAGAGAGAGAGAGAGAGAGAGAGAGAGAUGGGUAGAUCAGAAGUGCUGGUUGGAAGCAAUAUUGAUAGAGAUACGGUGUGCUCUGAUAUAGCUGCAGGUCCAACAGAUAGAUGGUCUGGUGUGGAUCCGAGUGCAAGGAGGAGAGGCGGGUCGGGUUUUGUGGAUGACGAGUCUCUUGAGGAAGGGGAAGUGAUGGAGAAUGCUCUCAUUUCCCCCUCGUCGAGGAGAAGGGGCAGCAGUCAGAGUCAGAGGCAUGUUAUCGAUCCAUCGUCAGGGUUGCGCAGCAGAGGCACUAAGCCGACGAUAUCACGGAGGAGCUCGAGGGCAAGUCCGCCUACUGCUGGUGAACCGUACGGAGAGUUGAUGACCGGGGUUGCAUCCCUGAUGGGGAUGGCGAAGGCUACGAAGCAGGUGAAGAAGAGAGCAGGGGAGGGGAGGGAAACAGGGGAACAAACUCCCACCUUGUUCGAUGGAUCAGAGGCGGGGGAAACAAAGCUACGGACAGAACCCCGGAAGAGCCGUUCGCAAUCUCAGCCGUUGAUAAGGAGGGGAAGCAAGCUGAGCAUCCAUAGCCACGGCAGCGGCGCGCUUUGGGACAAUGAAAGCGGUGGGCGUGUUCGGAAAGGAGAGGUGGGAAAGAGAGCUCCUUGGGAUGACCGGUUCGUUGUGCCGGACAAUAGACGAUCGACUGGUCGUGGACGAAACGAGAACCAGGCGAUGCAGCACAGACAAAAACCUCUGGGAAGUGGCGGCGGCGGCGACGACGGCGGCGAUGGCCGCAGGAGGAGCUUGGAAAGGGCGGGAAAGGUUUUGGAAGGUGUCCCUGGUACUCGUGCGCUGGCGGUCGCGCUAUACUUGCUUGGGAGUAAGGCGGAAACUGAAGGGGAGCCUAAAGAAAUGGCUAUGGCGGGGGAAGGAGCGGCGGAGAGGAGGAGGAGGAGUCAUGGUGAAAACCAGGCUGACUCACUCAAUGGUUUACUUCAGGGAAUUCAUGGUUCUUCUCAAGAAGGAAAAGAUGGAGGAGAACAAGUUCGCAGAAUCUUGCUUGGUCUGCAAAUGACGAAGCAAGAGCUGAAAAAGAUGAGAAAAAGAACUUCAAACGCGAAUGGGUGGGAAAAGGGGGAUAGGGAAGGGGAAGGGAUAGAGGUAGAUCUCCCGAGGAACGAUGCAGGGUUGGCGGCGGGACUACGGUUGGGCCGAGAAGAGGAGGCAAGGGCAGCGAGGGCAACAAAGGCAGGAAAGCGCCCGGAAGGGGCGGCAGGAACGUUGGACCGCGUCAUGGCGGGGACCACCACCACCUCCCAAUUGUUGAUAGAAGAGGGAAGAAAGCAAAGCCAGCGGAAGGAUCCAUCUUUCGGAGACGAUUUCGUUGACAUCAACCGAGCUGCUGUUGAUGCGGAUGCGGAGGCGGAGGUCGACGACGUUACUAACGGCAUCGUCUUGCAGAAAUUGUUACGGGUUCAGGGGAGCAUCACGGCGCAGAGCCAACAGUUUGCCCAACUAUUGAAGCAACAUUUCGCUCAGGACACCGAGCAGUACACCAAGCUUGUUAACAAGAAGGAAGAAGAAGAUACGACUCCUUCAGAGCCCUCCGACGAGGACGAAGCUGACCAGACCUCCGAUGAAGAAGACGAUGUCUUGGAGAACCGAUUUGGAAAUCGAAGAGGGUUUGGCCGAGAACCUUCCGGCGAUUGUCGAGAUAUGCUGGAUAUUCUGUGGGAGCUGGAGGAGGGACCGGCUCCGCAGUUUUAUGCUUACAUGGAUAGGAGAGGGGUGGAGGCAAGGAUGGGAGUCUGGCAAGCUCUUUUUCGGGAGGGGCAAGACCUGCGCUACCGGCUGGAGGAUCACCUGGCAAUGGACGACAAAGCUGUAGAUGGGGAGCUACUUCUAUGUCAUCUUGGCAGUGGCUUCAGGACUGCAGGCGGGAUUGACAAUCAUCUGCGGCUGGAGGGAGAUAGCGUCUACACUGAAGAUGUGACUGAUUACACCUAUACUGAAGAUGUGACCCAUCCUACUGGCACAACGUCAACACCAAUGGGGAGGUCAGACAGGUCAGAGCCUGUGGAGCAUCAUCAUAAAGGAACCAAAGCUAUGAGAGAGCAAGAACGAAGAGAUCGGCGGGGUCCAAGAGACCCGCGGGACAAGUCAUCUUCUGUACCAGGAGUAAGUGGUAAACCAAGGUCCUCCCACCAUUCUGUUGGAUCAGACCCUGGAUCAAA